UAUAAGGUCCUGGAAACAGGCAUUUGUUGUACUGGUAAUCAUUGCUUCAGCUCAGAAUGAAACACACCAUCAUUCUCUUACUGGCUUGUAUGCUGCUCUGCAUUGCCGUCUCUUGUUCAGCCGCUCUGCAGUGUUUCACCUGUAAAGAUCUGGCAGACACCCACUGCUUAGAACAAACCCUGGAGACCUGCAGUGAUGGACAAGUGUGUUCCACAAACUCCAGCAGCUCUCUGCGAUCCUCCGUAGUUGUUAAUGACAGAGGACGCAUCCAUUUUAGCAUUUGGGACGUUGACAUUGAUAUCCGCUGGGGAAAAGACCGUACAGCAACCAACCCCAACGUUGUUUCAAACUCAAGUAUCAAUGAGAGGAUCGUGAAGGGAUGCAUGGACGACCAUUUUUGUCAGUCAAGCCCCAAAAUGUCUUUGAAUAUCGGUUUCCAUCAAUUCACUUCUUCGUGCUGCAACUCAUCUGGCUGCAACAGUGACACUUUCUCUGACGACCCCCACAAUGGACUUGAGUGUUUUUCUUGCACUGAUCCAGAAGAUGAGGUUUGUAAUCAGGCUGUGACCUGCCAGGGAGUUCAGGAUCACUGUCUUAAUGACACAGUGACAGCAAGUAAUGGUCGGUCUGUGACUCUUCGAGGCUGUGUCUCCAGGAGUAUGUGUGGUUCCGGUUCUGGUUCUGGUUCUGUGUCCUGCUGUGAGGGAAGUCUCUGCAACAGAAACAGGGCUAUGAAUUCCGCUCAGCCUGUAGCACUUACAGUCCUCGCUCUGCUAGUUGGGAUAACAACCACCACACUUCUACAAUCAGUCGAUCAAUGAAUAUCUUGAUUGGGGUUUCUUGAGGAUUUGCAUAUUUUUCUCAUGAGGAUUAGUUUUGUGGGCAUCUACUUCUGGGGCUUUCACACUCUGUAUUGUCCAAAGUGUAACGACCUUGUCACUCCCUGACCCACUAGAGUACUGUGGGAUCUGUUGCUUGUUGCUCAUCAGAAGGCUGCUGAAUAUAACAAUUCUGACCAACAAAAGAAUACUUGAUGGUGUUGGACAGAAACUCUUCUGAAAUUAUGCAUUUCAUUUAUUAAACUUGGAGGUUGUGUUGAGUGAUGAAAUUAUGGGUAUUCUAACUUUCUUUUCUUUUAAUCUAGCCUGUUCGAUUACUGUAAAGCUCUUUGUGGUCUAAGCCGGGUUACUGUAAAGCUCUUGGUGGUCUAAGCCGGGUUACUGUAAAGCUCUUUGUGGUCUAUGCCGGGUUACUGUAAAGCUCUUUGUGGUCUAAGCCGGGUUACUGUAAAGCUCUUUGUGGUCUAAGCCGGGUUACUGUAAAGCUCUUUGUGGUCUAAGCCGGGUUACUGUAAAGCUCUUUGUGGUCUAAGCCGGAUUACUGUAAAGCUCUUUGUGGUCUAAGCCGGGUUACUGUAAAGCUCUUUGUGGUCUAAGCCAGGUUUCUGCAAAGCUCUUUGUGGUCUAGGCCGGGUUACUGUAAAGCUCUUUGUGGUCUAAGCCGGGUUACUGUAAAGCUCUUUGUGGUCUAAGCCGGGUUACUGUAAAGCUCUUUGUGGUUUAGGCCAGGUUCCUGCAAAGCUCUUUGUGGUCUAGGCCAGGUUCCUGCAAAGCUCUUUGUGACAACUGUUGAUGUAAAAGGGACUUACAUUUUAUUGAUUGAUGAAUUAACAAAUGUACAUCAACACAGGCAUUUAAUCAAACAUGUUAAUAAAUAAUAAUAAACAUUCAUACUACUUA